UGCUUGACUGGUGAGGAAAUUUUCUCUUUGCAUGGGAUACCGAACAACAGUCACGUGUCAAAUUCAAGCUUCACUACAAUAUGUCCUGCCAUUUUGCAACAGCUAAUUUUUCACCCAUGUGAUCAUCAAGAAAACUUUGUGGAUACGUCUAAACCAAAUUCUUUGCAAGUUUGGGGAUUUGGGUUCCUGGCUGUGACUAUCAUUAACUUGGCAUCACUUCUGGGCUUGAUUUUAACUCCCCUCUUAAAGAAGUCAUAUUUCCCCAAGGUUUUAACCUACUUUGUGGGCUUGGCCAUUGGUACUCUCUUUUCUAAUGCAAUUUUCCAGCUCAUUCCAGAGGCAUUUGGGUUUGACCCCAAAGUAGAUAACUAUACUGAGAAAGCAGUCGCUGUGUUUGGUGGAUUCUAUAUUCUCUUCUUUGUGGAAAGGAUUCUUAAAGUGAUAUUGAAGAUCUAUAAACAGACUGGCCAUAUAGACUCCGAAAACGGCGAACAGAAUCGUUCCCAGGAUAAGACUAACCCACCCAAACCACUAUCGACCAGCAAUGGGGGGACAUGUUAUGCAAAUUCAGCUGUCAUCGAAAGCAAUGGAAAUCUUGGUUUUGACAGCAUCAGUGUGGUCUCAGCACAGGAAGAAGCCACUCAAGGCAACUUAUGCAAGUGUCUUAAGGGGCUUCCACUGUCAAAGAUUGGGACCAUUGCUUGGAUGGUGACGCUGAGUGAUGCUGUACAUAAUUUCAUCGAUGGUUUGGCUAUUGGUGCUUCUUUCACUUUGUCUCUGUUUCAAGGGCUUAGUACUUCCAUAGCCAUCUUGUGUGAAGAGUUUCCCCACGAACUGGGAGAUUUUGUCAUCUUGCUUAAUGCAGGAAUGAGUACUCGGCAGGCUCUGUUUUUCAACUUUCUGUCUGCAUGUUCCUGUUACGUUGGGUUGGCUUUUGGUAUAUUAGUAGGCAACAACUUUGCUCCUAACAUCAUCUUUGCCGUAGCCGGUGGAAUGUUCCUGUACAUCUCUUUGGCAGAUAUGUUCCCAGAGAUGAAUGAUAUGCUGCGAGAGAAGGUGACAGGAAGAAAGAUGGAUCUCACAUUCUUCCUUAUUCAGAAUGCUGGUUUACUAACAGGGUUUACUGCCAUACUGAUGAUUACCUUGUAUGCAGGAAAUAUUCAGCUGUGA